AUGGGUCAAGGAUCACCAGGAAGUGUAGGCAGCCAGAUCAUAACACCCCAUUGGCAGCAACAGCUUCUCAAGUGUGAGAUGAUCAGGUCCUCUCGGUCUUCACAUCACCGUGCCCGUGCUAGCGCCAUGGCCUCGCGCACGGUCAUCAAAUCCGCUAUCCCUAUCACAAAUCCUAAUCUUGUCAAGCCGAGUCCUAGCACAAACACUGACAUCACAGAAUCUUCCUCGAAAGACCCACCCGAAACACCAGCUCUCUCCUCCACCCCCGCCUUGAGUGCCGGUGACAGCUCACCAGGCGUCACAAAUGCUGUGGUCAACCACCCCUCAUCCACUGUUGCCCCAAUUGCCGAGGCCCCGCGGCCUACCGCCAAACCUCCACAGAACACCUGGAGCUCCCUUGACAUGGGUGGCAUCAAUAUUAAGACCAUCCCACCGUCCUCCGGCCUCUUUGCAUUCACUUUCCUCAUUAACCUUUAUCUCAAUCAUAACGCUCUCACCUCCAUACCCCCUGGGAUCGCAAAGCUUCGCCAUCUUGAGCUCCUCGAUCUUAGCGGAAACAAUCUCUCAACCGUUCCCGCUGAGCUCGGCAUGCUCACCCAACUGAAGGAGUUGUACCUGUUCGACAACCACCUUAUGUCCCUUCCACCCGAACUGGGUAGUUUGCACCAGCUGCAGACAAUCGGUGUCGAGGGUAAUCCGAUUGACGCGUCUCUCAAGGCAAUUGUGCAGAAGGACGGCACACCCGCUCUCAUUUCCUACCUGCGAGACAGUUGCCCUGUCCCAGCUCCACCUCCAGAGCGUCUGUGGAAGUCCCUCCUCUCGCCUCAAGAGCGCGAAGUCGUUGCCUCAGAUCCUACGACAGAGACAUUCAGCGCUCUCUGCUACAACAUUCUCUGUGAGAAGUACGCGACGGAGCGACUAUACGGAUACACACCGUCGUGGGCACUCAGCUGGGAUUAUAGAAAGGAAUUGAUAUUGACGGAGAUAAUGAAUUACGAUACCGACUUUUUGUGCCUGCAGGAAGUGGAUAUCGCACAGUACGAGGACUACUUUGUGAAGCAUCUGCAGGGGCAGGGGUAUGAAGGAAUUUAUUGGCCGAAGAGCAGGUAUAAGACGAUGAGUGAUGCAGAUCGCCGGCAGGUCGAUGGGUGUGCGACGUUCUACAAGGCAGACAAAUAUUCCCUUGUCGAACGCCAGCUCAUUGAAUUCAGCACCGUCGCAAUGCAGCGCCCCGACUUCAAGAAAACAGAUGACAUGUUCAACCGAGUGUUAGGCAAAGACCAUAUCGCCGUCAUCUGCCUCUUUGAGGUGAAAGAAACCGGCACUCGCAUCAUUCUCGCGAACGCGCACAUCCAUUGGGAUCCCGCCUAUCGCGAUGUCAAGCUCGUCCAAGCCGCACUCCUCGUCGACGAGAUCGAGAAGAUCGCUGCGAACUUUGCACGGCUACCCCCAAGGCCGGAUACGCCCCGUGCACCCGUCUAUAGCGAUGGAAGCAAGAUCCCGCUGAUCAUUUGCGGAGACUUUAAUAGCGUCCCAUCUUCGGGCGUGUAUGAGUUCCUCUCGAACGGGAGUGUGCCGCCGGACCAUCCAGAUUUUAUGAGUCAUUUGUAUGGGCGGUAUACCACGGAUGGGUUGCGGCAUCGUUUGGGGCUCAAGAGCGCGAAUGCGGCGGCAGGCGAACUCCCCCUGACGAAUUAUACGCCGAGCUUCCAGGGCGAGAUCGACUAUAUAUGGUAUUCAACCGCAAAUCUGGCUGUGAAUGCAGUACUGGGAGAAGUGGACAGAGGGUACUUGGAAAAAGUAGUAGGGUUCCCGAAUGCCCAUUUCCCAUCGGAUCACAUAUGCAUCAUCAGCGAGUUCCGCGUGAAGCCUCCAAGGCCCCAAGCCUUGCUACCAACGCCGUCCUGA